AUGAGGAACGAAUUGAAGAAACAGAAGCAAACUCACCAUCCUUCAUUCCUUGCCUGCCAAAAUGGACUCAACUAUUACAUCUACUUUUUCUUCAUCUUCAUGCUUCGGUCCCUACCUUACGCCGCUGCACAGAGCAGUAACAGUAGUAGUCAAUCCCCCACCGUCGAUGAUCCCUAUGACUACAGCGGCGACUUUUUCAGCCCUUCUAUGGGUAUCGCACUUGUCGUCAUUAUAGGCGUCUUCUUCAUGUUCGGCUUCGUCUCCAUCUUCAUCCGCCGUUGCAGGGGUGAAAGUAUUACCCUUCAUGACGGAGAAGGUGGAAUGUCAAGAAGGGGAAAUCGAGGUCUCGAUCCGGCUGUGAUCGAUACUUUCCCAACCUUUGCCUAUUCAUAUGUGAAGGGUCAUAAAUUGGGUAAAGGGGCUUUGGAGUGCGCCGUAUGCUUGAACGAGUUCGAAGACGAAGACACGAUUCGAUUGCUGCCCAAGUGUGAUCAUGUCUUCCAUCCUCAGUGUAUUGAUGCUUGGUUAUCUAAGCGCACAACCUGCCCAGUCUGCCGGGCUAACCUCGUUCCUUCAAUUAGGGAACCAGUACAGGACAUAGAAGCCGAUUCCGAUGGAGAAAUCCUGGAACCAGGGGAAGCAGGGAGCCAGCAAGUUUCCAUUAAUUUAACAAGCGAAGAACCACAGGUAGUUCCAGUGACAGUGGCACCGGAGGUAAUUAAUCGUUCCCCUAUACAGAACCGGCCAGCGAGAACGAAACCGCCGAGGCCGAGAUACGUGGGGAGAUUUCCACGGUCGAAUUCGACGGGGCACUCGUUGGUCCAACCGGGAGAAGACGUCGAACGGUUCACCCUCCGGCUGCCGGAUGAGGUGAGGAAGCAAAUCAUGGGUAUGAGGCAGCUGAACCGGACUAGGAGUAUGGUGUCCCUUCGAAGGGUAGGGAGUUCGAGGAAGGGUUACAGGGCGACUGGAGAAGGGAGUAGCAGAGGAGGGAAAUCGAUGGGGGAGAAACCGGAAGGCUGGGUCUUCUCGAUGACACCACCUUUCUUCAUGAGGGCUCCUUCUCCUAAGUCAUCGAAGAUGACAGUAGAAGGGGAUGCUCCGGUGACUCCUCCUCGUCCUAAACCCUUUAGGUCGCCGUUGCGAGUGUUCACGAAGAUUAACGGAACUGGAUCGUCGUCGACUCGCCCUCCGGUUUAAC